AGGGGGAACGGCCGAACUCCGAACCCGAAGACGGAAGUAAUGCUGCGACGACUGUAACCCGAACUCGAGUCGCCGCCGCCGCUCCGCUUCGCUGCUUCGCUUCCGCUGCUGCCUGGCAUGCCCUGGAGUUCCUCGCGCGGCGCACGUUGAUGCGCACGUAAUUGUGACAGCAACAGCGAGUAGGAGCGUGCGGGCCGGGUUCAGCCAUUAUAUUGCGUCCUUUCCCCCGAUGCCCCGAUCCGUCGUAGACUACAGUGCCCUGUGAAUGUACACUGCUCGAAGACGCCUGGUCUGCUUCCCUCGGGUGACCGACUACGGACGGAGUGCUCGUCUUGGCUGUUUGGGGACUGACUCGGACACAGCCUCUCUCCCUCCCUGCGCGGCGCUGCGCCGGCGGCAGCAGCUGCAGUAUAAAGGGGGCGCACCUGCGCCACGCAUCGACAAGAAGGCCGAGCUGGUCGAGCUUCUGUGUGUGGCCGCUGGAGACAACUCUACGCCGGACCUCACUCCCCAUUCUGCUGCCGCUACCGCCGUUACUCGCCCGGUCGCAAAAUCUACGGCCCCCACAGCUGCCUCAGCUCGGAGCGCCUGUCAACACCGGUCUACACCGUCCGGUCAGAGGUCAUCGACUCAGCUCAAAGAACAUGGAGGCGUUGCUGGACGAGGUGCUGGUGAUGGUGCUGCAGUACCUGGACGUGCCGGACCUGCUGGCGUGCCGGCUGGUGAGCCAGCGGGUCGGCGCGCUGGUGCUGCACCCGUGCGUGUGGGCGCGCCGCCCCUUCAACCCGUACGACGGCGAGGGGCGGCGGCGGCAGUGGGCCGGCGGCGACGACGACGUCGGCGUCCUGACGCAGUGCGUGUGCCCGGUGCUGCGCCUGUCGCCGUGCCUCGGCGCGCUCCACGUCGUGCUGCCGCCGCCCCGGUGGUGUCCCGCCGCCCUGUACUCCUCGACGGGCUGCGCCGCGGCUCGUCUGCGGCUGGUCGUCAACGGGAGCAUCGUGGCCUCGAAGGCCGCCGAGUUCGUCCGCCGGCAGGAGGCGCUCGGCCGGCUCAGGUUCGUCGACCUCGCCGCGUACAAGGGCACGGGGGCGGGCGUCUCCGCGCUGCUGUGCACCGUGCUGUCGGUGCCGGGCUUGGAGGGCCUCGCGCUGUCCCUGGUGUUCAGGCCCGACCCGACCGUUGCCGUGGCGUGCAGCAGCAGCGCCACCGCGCCGCACCUGAAGCGCUUCCACUGCAACCUGGACCCGUGGACGGAGGAUCUCGUCAACGCCGUCCUGGUCGCGCACGCCGCCACUCUCGAGGGGGUCCACCUCAUCAGGUACACGUGCUACGACGGGGGGAUCAUGACCUUUCACCCGGAGACUCUGUCCCUGCUGGCGGGCGCGCCGAACCUCAGCGAGCUGACGUGCGACUGCCACCCUGGGCUGGGGGCCGUUCCCCAUGAGUCGCUUACCGUCCUCCACCUCAGCAUGCACUACAAACAAGCCGGUUGUUCGACCCCGUCCGCCGUCGAGGAGGCCGCGGAACUCCUGCAGCGCGCCGAGCACCUGCGUGAAGUGACCCUGGAGUACACGUUCCCGCACAGGCCGUACGCCGAUCUGUUCGCCGGCGUGGACCUUGUCCUGGCUUUGGCCUCGUCACGACCCUCCCGCGUCGAGAAGCUGACCAUCCAGAACAACAACUACGUUUAUGGGGUCGAGGUACCCGGGGAAGUGCAAAUUAAUGUGCUCGUGGAAGGACAAGUACACGUUCAAGUGCAUCCCGUUCUCCAGUGGGAGCCGUCCCCCGACCUGAAGCCGUGCCCACAGCUGCAGCAGCUGAUCAGCACUCUGCCCUCGCUGCCGCACCUGCGGCACCUGCAGGUGGGCGCGGUGACCACCGAGCUACUGCUCGCCCUCCUCUGCCCGGACACGGUGCCGGCCCUGCAGAGGGUCGAACUGAGCCUGGAAGACGUCGAGUGCAUCCACGAAUGGCUCCACCAGGGCGACAUGGUCAAGGGCCUCAUGUCGGCGAGGCCUUCGCUCCACCUGGAGUUGCAGGCGAACUACUGCACUCUCAAGUACUGCAAGGUGUGCCUGCAGAGCUGCCACAAGGAGCUGUGGGAUGAGAGGACGGCCAGGGCCCUUGGCUUCGAGCCCGCGCGACUUGGCCUCUUCGCCCACGACCCCGCGGAGAGGUGCUUCGUGGACCACACUGCUGACCGCCGCCGGUGGCUCCGUGUUCCUCUGGUGGAAGUUCCGUGUGACGCGAACGGACGUUUGUUCGAAGUGCUCGACAGCGUAAUCUCUAGCGCGUUGCUAGCAUCUUCAAAUUUAAAGCAGUAACGGCCCGAAUGCAACUCCCUCAUUGUUCGAGAACCCCGGGCUGACGUUUGUUUUUGUUUUGCGCAUUUAUUUGUUGUAUAUUUCUCAAAUUUUCCUUUGAGAAAAGUAAUUAAUGAAAAGUAAUUAAUCCACCAGGUGCAGCCCUAUUAUGUUUCUUACUCCAAUAAAAAAUCACGAUUCAAUUA